AAGGAAGUGGCCGUGUCAGCGUUACUUAAGCAAGUGGUUGUUACGUAGUGCUUGUAACGGCCUCUUCUUUAUAUAGACGUUAUAAAACGUCUGUCUGUGACGGAUAAAUAAAUACUGCUCUGUCAUUUGAGGUUUCGGACAUUUUCUGCAACUCGGCAGCAGACAGUUGAGUCGAGAUGCUUAAAGCCAUCGGACAAACUCUGUUUUCUUCUGGACUACAGAACCCAAAGUUCACUACCCAAGAGAGUAAGGGUGACUAUGAGGUCCGUACUUACCAUGCAACAAACUGGGUGAGCACAGCUGUUGCUGGCAUGGAGCAGGACUCAGCCUUAAGCACAGGCUUUAGAAGACUCUUUAAAUACAUCCAGGGAACCAAUGAAAACAAGAGUAAGGUGGAGAUGACUGCACCAGUUAGCUGUAUGAUUGACCCUGGGGCAGGACCUGCCUGUGAAAGCACCUUCACAGUGUCCUUCUACAUUCCUGAAGAACAUCAGGCUGACCCACCCAAACCCUCAGAUGCAGAUGUUUUCAUUGAGAACAGAAAAGAGUUCACCGUGUUUGUAAGGACCUAUGGGGGCUAUGCUAAUAGUGAAAACAGUCAAGAGGAGCUUCUGAAACUGAUGGAGAGCCUCAAGAGGGAUGGGAUGAAAUUCAAGGAGUCCCCAUACUACAGGGCUGGGUAUGACAGCCCCUUCAAACUGACCAACCGCAGGAAUGAGGUCUGGCUAAUCAAAGAUGAGGAAGAAAAAGCAUAAGAGGAAAAAAAAAAGGUCAUUCCACACAGUGUCUGAAGUAAGGAAAAGGAGGUCAAUUUUUUUGCUUAACAUCAUGGUGUAGAUACUUUUUUGUUUACUGUGUACCACAAGUGCCUGAAAGGUUUUAUAUGUAAAUUUAACACUGGUAUAUCCUAUCAAUAUAUUUUACAGCAACAUUAACACUUUGUUACCUGCAAUU